UGUGUGCGGCGGAUUCCCAUCACAAACCAAGAUGGCGGCGGAGCGGACAGCCGGCACGGCACAGUGACUGACAGACAGACCAGAAACCUCGCUCGGCUGGAGAGCAAACGCUUAAACUCUUGAGACAAACAAUAAAUAAAAACGCCCGUCACUUCACCUUUUUUUUCUCUCCCGGUAACGACAGUGGUGUGAUGAAACUGCACCGGUAGACGACACCGGGGGAAGUUGUGUGUGUGAGGACUAAAUUGACGUCCAAUAAGCGGGCAGCCGGCGGGGAUGGGAGAUGAUGGAGGACAAAGGCCCUCGUGUAGCCGACUACUUUGUGGUGGCCGGUCUGACGGACUGUUCCAAGCCGUUGGACCAGGAGAUCCACUUUGACGACGUCUGCCACAAGACGGCCAAGCCGAAGGCGCCCAUCACGGAUGUGGCGGUGGUGAUCCGCUCGACGGGCGAGGAGGUGCCGCCAGGGUUCACCUGCGUAGAGGAAACCCCAACAGGCCAUUCAGCUGAUCUUAACAAUGGCGGCCUCAUGGCACCCCAGAUCUUCCUGUGCUACAGGAGAGGUCGAGACAAGCCGCCACUCACUGACCUGGGCGUGCUGUAUGAGUGGAAGGAGCGGCUGAAGCAGGGCUGUCACCUCAUCCAGACCACACCCUCCGGUCGUCCAGCCAACAUCAGCAGCAAUUCCUCCCAGCGCAUCUACGUCACCUACCGACGGGCGCCUGAGAGCCAGCCGCACUCCGCCCUCGCCGUCACGGACAUCUGCAUCAUCAUCCCGAGCAAGGGCGAGACUCCCCCGCACACCUUCUGCAAGGUGGAGAAGAAUCUCAACAGCAGCAUGUGGGGCUCCUCGGUCUACCUGUGUUAUAAGAAGUCUGUGGCCAAAACCAACACAAUAGCCUACAAAGCAGGUUUAUUCAGCAGAUAUCCAGAGGAGGACUAUGAGUCAUUCCCACUACCAGAGUCUGUCCCUCUCUUCUGCCUUCCCAUGGGGGCCACAAUCGAGUGCUGGCCAGCUAACACCAAAUACUCCCUCCCUGUUUUUUCCACCUUUGUCCUCACCGGAGCCUCCGGAGAGAAGGUCUAUGGUGCUGCCAUUCAGUUCUAUGAGCCCUUCCCGCAGGAGUGUCUGACUGAUCAGCAGUGCUCCCAGCUAGGUCUCCUGAGCCCCGAUCCACCCAAACCCUCCUCCAACUGUAAGGGGACAGCCGCCAGCAGCGCCACUAACAGCACCACCACAACCCCACGCUUGGUCUUCACCAACAAGUGUAUCUGUCUGCUUUCCCACUGGCCCUUCUUUGACGCUUUCCGCAAGUUCCUCACAUUCCUCUAUCGCUACUCUAUCUCCGGCCCUCACGCUCUGCCCAUCGAGAAACACAUCUCUCAUUUUAUGCACAAAGUUCCCUUCCCUUCCUCUCAGAGGCCUCGCAUCCUGGUGCAGCUUUCCCCUCAUGACAGCCUGAUGUUGAGCCAGCCAGUGUCUUCUCCUUUACCGCUCAGUGGCGGUCGGUUUUCCACGCUGCUCCAGAAUCUCGGACCAGAGAACGCCGUCACCUUGCUGGUGUUUGCCGUCACCGAACACAAGAUCCUGGUCCACUCGCUACGACCCGCCGUACUGACCAGCGUCACUGAAGCUCUGGUGUCGAUGAUCUUCCCGUUCCACUGGCCGUGCCCGUAUAUUCCUCUGUGCCCCCUGGCGUUGGCUGACGUGUUGAGCGCCCCCUGUCCAUUCAUUGUAGGAGUGGACUCCCGCUACUUUGAUCUUUAUGACCCCCCACCAGACGUGAGCUGCGUGGACCUGGACACAAACACCAUCUUCCACAAUGAAGAUAAGCGAGCCCUCACAUGGAAGAUCUUGCCAAAGAAAGCCUGUAAAAACCUGAUGAAUGUGCUGAGCAAUCUUUACCAGCAGCUGGUUGACGGUCAGCAGCGGCCUGAUGGGCUGAUGGAGCUGAGCAUGAGUGAAUCGUCAGAGCUGAGCUGUGGGAAGAGCCUCCAGGCCCUGGAGCUGGAGAUCCAGGAAGCCUUCCUGCGCUUCAUGGCGGCUAUUUUGAAAGGCUACCGCUCAUUCUUACGACCCAUCACCCAGGCCCCCUCUGAGAAAGCCACAGACGCCAGUUCGCUCUUUGACUUGCAAGGGUUCUUGAAGAGCCGCGACCGCUCACAUCAGAAGUUCUACUCGCUGAUGACCAAAACCCAGAUGUUCAUCCGCUUUAUUGAGGAAUGCUCCUUCGUCAGCGACAAAGAUGCCAGUCUGGCGUUCUUCGACGACUGUGUGGACAAACUCUACAGUUCAGAGCGGAGUGCAGAUAAAGGAGGCAAGGUGGACAGUGACAGGCCGGAGGAGGCCAGGCUGAUAGAGAUUGAUGAAUCUCAGCGCAGUGAGCACACAGUCUUCAUCACACCUCCAGAGCUGCCUCCUCUGCCUGAGGGGGAGGAAUAUCCACUCUGCUACAGGUACGAUGGUUUCCCAGUGUUAAGUCUUGACCUGUUUGACCCUGUGGACGGCCUGCGGACCCCCUCCUCCCGCCUCGCUGCCAGGCACAGCUGUCCCACCAGCCCUGCCCCCAUGUUUAGACGCACCAAGCAGGAGAUCAAAACAGCCCAGAAGAUAGCUAAGAAGUACUCAUCCAUCCCCCAGCUGUGGUCCAAGUGCCUGCUCCGUCACUGCUACGGCCUGUGGUUCAUCUGUCUGCCAGCAUACGUGAAGGUGUGUCACUCCAAGGUGCGGGCGCUUCGCACCGCCUACGACGUCCUCAGGAAGAUGCAGGCAAAGAAACUGCAGCCCCCAGACGAGGUCUGCUACCGGGUGCUGAUGCAGCUGUGUGGACAGUAUGGCCAACCCGUCCUGGCAGUAAGGGUCCUCUUUGAGAUGAAGAAGGCCGGAGUCCACCCCAAUGCCAUCACCUAUGGCUACUACAACAAGGCGGUGUUGGAGAGCACGUGGCCCUCCAGCACCAGAGGAGGUUACUUCCUGUGGAUGAAGCUGAGAAAUGUCGUCCUGGGCGUGGCGCAGUUCAAACAGGUGCUACGGCGACACGCUCCCCUCACACAGAGCCCUCUGUCAGAUGGCAGUGACCUGGACGCUCUGAGUCACGGCAGCCUGGAUAGCUCUGCCGACACUAACCUGGCCGAGCAGGGCCCCUACGCCAAAGUAGACCCCACUGACGAUAGAUCUAGCACAGUCGGCCGCGAGGGCGGCAGCGUGGGCGCCAGGGCCCCGGUGGCCCACUCACACUGGGGGGGCUCUGAGCUCAGAGAAGCCACCCUCCACCCAGGGGAUCAGUCAGAUUUGGGUUAUAACUCGCUGUCCAAAGAGGAGGUUCGGAGAGGAGACCCCAGUGCUCAGGACGCCGCCCCUGACAAAGAUGACAAGAAGGAGAGCGACUGCAGCUCCUUGUCAGAGACAGAGAGUGCCAAGGGGAGUAAAGACUGCCUCCCUCAGCUGGACAUGGAGAUCCAUUCCUCCUUCAAACCCCGCGGUAUUGUUCGCAGCAGCUGUCCAUAUGACGAUCCAUCCUGUAAACCCAAGAGCUCCGCCAGCGCAGGGCACGUUGCAGGUCUCCUCUUCACUUCCUCCCUGGAGGAGAUUGGUGAGGUCCAUGCCAACAGUUUGCUCAGGAGACAUAAGAGUGCUCUGGAGGAGGUGGUGGGCAGCGCCAGCAGCGGCUCGGCUCUGGACUGGCAGGGCGUGAAGGCCCGCCGGCUGAGCGGCGACACGGUGGGCAGCAGCGGCAGUGGCACCACUGUCCUUGGCCUGGGUAUGAGCCAGGGCGAAACCGACCCAGAUAAGAUUGCGGGACACCUAGGCGCGGAUGUCAAAAUUCUCUCUUGUGCCAACUUCAGUAAGAGUAGGAGGCCUCGUUCGCUGGCUCUGGGUGGGUUAGAGGGGGCAGGUGCUGCCAGAAGUCGCGACCACAGGGAGGAGGAAGAUGAAGAGGAGACGGAGGGACAGGACUCCAGUGAUGAGGACAGAAGUAAUACAGAGGCCAUUUUUGAUUUGGAGGACAUAGAUUUAGACAAGCCUGCCACAGGGGCUGGCUUCAGCUCCCACAAAUCCAACAAAUAUAAUAAGAAACCUGUCAAGCGCAGCGUCAGCUACAGUGGCAUGAGCACGGUGACGUCCAGAGGAGCUGUGAAGCGCACAGAUAUACAGACGGGCUACGACCCUCUAUCCCUGCUGGCAGCAGAGUCACAAUCCGAGCAGCAGACUGAGGACCAGUACCCAGACGGGGACGAGGACAGCACGCCGAGCGCCCGUAGAGACCUAGCUAGAGAGAUCGAGCUCUACAUGAACCACAUGGGCAGCCCGCUGAGCAGCCGUGCACCCAGUCUGGACCUGCAGGACCCGGCCAGCCCCCUCCUCCUCCACCCCUCCUCGCUCUCUGCCCCCCGCAGAGCCAGCCUGCCCUACAGCUCCCCCCUCAGGACCGCCGGAGUACCCCGCUCCCGCACCUUCCACCCGCCCUCUCCCUCUCAGCCCGUCGCACGCCAGCGUCUAUUGUCGUCGCCUUCCUGUCGCAGCUCAAGUACCACCCCCAGCGCCAGCCCUCGACCCAGCCCCUACAGGGAUAGGACAGACAGGAUGAGCCUGGCGUCCCCUUCGCCGUCCUCGUCCUCUUUCGCUCUGGACACUCUGCUCACACCAACGCUUGAUGUAUUCAAGACCAGCGUGUUCUCUGCUGGGAAGGGCGUGGCAGAGAAGGCAAGCCGCUGGUACUCCCGUCUCGCCACAUACACCACACCGACUAAGGACGGUCACAGUGACCGUGUGAGUGUGUCCUCCCUCGGUGUUGGAGAUCCAGACUGCUCCUCCCUGCUGGAUGAGGAGGACUGUGGGCAGUCAGAGGGCUCCGUGAUCUCUCCACAGAGGGAUGGCCCUGCGGGGCCCCGCAGGAGCCCCAGACGCAGCAGACUGGGCAGCCCCUCUGCAGGCUCCAGCCUUGGGAGGCCUACAUCUCUGCUCCCUGGAUGUGUCCUCUCGCCUCCCGGCUUCCCUCUGCCAGACAAGUCGGACCUCGGCUCUUCGCGCUACACCAGCAACACCAGCAUCUUCAACAAUUACGCCAUGGAGCUGCUGAUCUCCAGCUGCUCUCGCUGUAAGACGUGCGACUGCCUCGUGUACGAUGAGGAGAUCAUGGCUGGCUGGACAGCAGACGACUCCAACCUGAACACCACCUGCCCAUUCUGUGGAAACCCCUUCCUGCCCUUCCUCAACGUGGAGAUCAGGGACAUGCGAGGACCCGGCAGGCUUUUCCUGAAAGGCAGCCCGUCGGUGGACGAGGCGAUGACCUCGUCAUACUCUGCCUCCACAGGUUUGGACACGGGGACGUCCACCUUGUCCACCCCCUGUCCUGCAACAGCUGUCUUCCCUCCCUCCCCUGUGACUGCUGUCCAGGAGUGCUCAGGGAGUGAAUGGGCUCGAUCAACCAGAGCUCAAGGUAUCAACAUCCCCUCGGAGCACAGGAAGGGGGCGCUGGACCCCGGAGCGCCCAUGGCCCGCAGCGUCAGCGCCUUUGGUCCUCUGGACGAAGCAUCCCGACUCAACCGCUGUGUGCCAACAUCAGGCAGCCUGCCCAGCCGUCUCAAUGAGACCACGGAGCCCCUGAGCAUGGAUUGGCGACUCCACAACCCUGAGCCGGUGACGGUUCCCUACCUGAGCCCGCUGGUGCUGUGGAAGGAGCUGGAGAGUCUGCUGGAGAACGAGGGCGACCCGGUGAUCACAGAGGCCGACAUGGUGGACCAUCAUCCCAUCAUCUACUGGAACCUGGUCUGGUACUUCAGACGGCUGGACCUGCCCAGCAACCUGCCCGGUCUCAUGCUCACAUCUGACCACUGCAACAGAGACUCCCAGGUCCCUCGUCCCUGGAUGUCAGAGGACAGUAAGCACGUGUUGAUCCAGAUCCUGUGGGACAACCUCAAGCUGCACCAGGACUCAAUCCAGCCUCUCUACAUCCUGUGGAACACAUACAAUGUGGGUUACCCUCUGUCCCGGCCGGUCCCGGAGGAGGAGAAGCCGUUCAGCGAGGAGUUGCUGCAGAGCGUGGUGAAGAGCAUCCAGAGGAACGACGUCAGCCGGCCGAUGGCUCAGCUGCUGCAGCUGCUGGCUCAGACUCUCGGAGUCAAAAGGCAGAGGAGUUUGUACAGAGACGUCCUCUUCCUCUCUCUGGUGGCUCUGGGAAAAGAUAACAUUGAUGUUGACGCCUUCGAUCGUGAGUACAAGUUGGCGUACGACCGCCUGGUGCCGAGCCUGGUGAAGCUGACCCAUAACUGUGACCGUCCUCCCAGUGCCGGGGUCAUGGAGUGCCGCAGGACGUUUGGAGAGCCUUACCUGUGAAACUCUCGCCUUCGCACAAACCAGGAUCAACUCUCACCGCCCCCCCCCCACGUCAUCGCUUUAAGACGAGCUCAGGAAACCUGUUGGAAGACUGUGAAUGUUUUUGAGAAAACUCUGCAAGUGAUCAUGAACAGGUACAGUGGACGGCGUUCAGCGUUACGUAGCCUGGAACAAAACUUAAAAAAAGAGCCCUACAGACUUUAUCUCAACUAACUGAAGAUGGAAACGCCACUCACACCGUUCAUAAACACGUUUCUUUGGAAAUCCUGUGGAAGUUAUACUGUACAUACACAGCAGUAGAGGAUCUUUUUUUUUAAAUGCAACAUUUAUAUUGUAUAGUCAUACAGCAAAUGAAGACUAAUAUUAGCAAUAUUUUAACUUGAAAACUCUAUUUAUACAAAGUAAGCUUUAUUUAUUGUAGCGUCUUCUUUAUGUUGGCGUUUAGUGUUUUAUCGUUGUCGCCGGGUGUUUGUCGUCUCGCAGUUUCAACCGCAGCGCCCGAAACACAAUGUUGUAGUACGGAUUUAGUGUCUGUUGUAAAUGAUGUCUAGGUUUUGUGUGCUUUAUGAGUCAGAGCAUCAAACAAAAAAAAAGGUUUUAAUUAGAGCUGCAAUGAUCAGUAAAUCGGCAAAAAAUGAAUUCAAGGUUUUGGACUGUUGGACUGAAAAUGAUGACAUGCUUUAUGAAUUGACAAAAUAAUCAGCAGAUUGACCAAAUGUUGCCAAAAUAGUUGCAGCCCUAAUUUAAAUGUUAAAAACCACUUUUUAACGCUGCCUUUAAUCUUGAAUGUUAGUGCAGAUUCUAAAGAUAAAUGUCCGCUGUACUGCCACUACCGUUAACUACAACGCUCUAUAUUUCAUUCAUUUUAACUUCCAAGUUUUGUUCCUAAACUGAAUAUUUUUAGUGUGUUUACAAAACUUGUUUUUGAACUU